AUGGAGCGGGGGGCGAGGGAGCGACCCCUCCGUCCCGGGGCUCCUCCGCCGCCGCCCCCCCCAGGACCCCGCCGCCGCCCCCCCCCGCCGCCGCCCCCAGCCCCACCGGGGUUGGCCAAGGGCCCCCUCGGGCUGCUGCACAUCAAAGUGGAGGAGCCCGAGGCGGAGGAGGGGGAUGCCCCGAGUUGCCGCGGGGACAGCGGAGAGCCGGGGGCGCACUUCGGGAGCUCCUUAGCUCCGUGGGGGGGUGUGGAGGAGGCCCGCGGAGCCAUCAAGAAAGAAAGGGACCAUGGAAAGAGCUACGGAGAAAGCCAGAGCGGGGUGAAGGUGCUGGAGAAGAGGGGGGCCGGGAAGGAGCCCUGGAGAGCAGCUGCUGUCAAAGCGGAGCCGCCUGACACGGCCUUUGAGGCCUGCAGGGUGAACAUGGAGACGAGCAACGCCCCGGCUGGCUCCCUGUGCGGGCCUGCCCACGCUAGCACCAAUGACCGCAAGGUGCAGCUGUGUGAGGGGUUUGGGAUCCUCCCCGAAGAUCUGAAGAUCCCAGUUGUGUUUCACCCCUUACCUCCGGGGACCCGCAUACAGAUCCAAGGCCCUCUGCCCCCAGAGCUGAUCCAUGUCACUAAUGUGCCAGCGAAACCAGUGCCGCUUAAAAUGCAGUCUUUACUUGAGCCUUCAGUAAAGAUUGAAACUAAAAAUGUCCCCCUCACAGUACUGCCUUCUGAUUCAGGUAUGCCAGAUACUCCAUUUAGCAAGGACAAAAGUGGCCAUGUAAAGCGUCCAAUGAACGCAUUCAUGGUGUGGGCUAGGAUUCAUCGGCCUGCCCUAGCAAAAGCUAACCCAGCUGCCAAUAAUGCAGAAAUCAGUGUUCAGCUUGGAUUGGAGUGGAGCAAACUGACUGAAGAGCAGAAGCAGCCCUAUUAUGAUGAAGCUCAGAAAAUAAAACGAAGGCACAGAGAGGAAUUUCCUGGUUGGGUUUAUCAGCCACGACAAGGCAAAAGGAAGCGUUUUCCACUGCCUGUCUCUGCUGUGUUUUCCAGUGCUUCUCAGAGUAUCAUCGCUACAAAUCCAUCUGGCAUUUGUCCCUUCCAGUCACCUGCUUACUCUGUUGUCAUCCCCAAUGUUAAGAACAGCAUUGGACAUCCAGUCUGUGGAUCUCCUUCUGCCAUCCGUCUGCCGGCUUCUUCCAUUCAACAUGCUGGUCCAAUUACUCUUUUCCAGACUACUAGUGCAAGCACCGCAUCAGUGGCUGUUCCAGCUCCAACCCUGCCCCUGCACCCUAUAAUUUCACCACAGCAUUUUGCUGACCCUGCUCAGGCAGAAGCUCUUGAUGUAUCAUCUGGGCUCAGUUUCUCUCUGAAGAGACCUACACCGGUUUUCAUUGAGAGCUUCAGCAGAAACCCAAGUAACAUAACCACCACUAAUGGCAGAUUUUCUGUCUCUAGUAGUGAGCUCCCAAAGCAGUACCCAGGGGUUUCUGUUUUUCCUAGAGGUGUACCUCUUCCCCAAGCUACCCCCUUUCUUCACUCACAUCUCUAUGAGUCUCCUCCCAUGGGUCAGCCAGCCAGUCUGUUUGGAGUACCUCCUCGGUUUUCAUUUCACCACCCUUACUUUGUACCUGGACCUCACUAUUUCCCUUCAAGCACAUGCCCGUUCAGCCGACCUCCAUUUGCCUGUGCGAAUUUCUCCAGCUCAGUACCUGAAUGCCUUGGCUUUUAUGAAGACACGCACCAAAGACAGGAGGUGAUGUUUUCAGCUCUGGACGGAGACUAUACUUUCAAAGAAUACCCAGAAGGAAGUAUACGUGAGGACCACCGCAGCUGUGAGACCCUUGAAGUAGUGUCCUGUCAAAACAGUUGCAAUGAGGAGCGGUAUUUAAGCCCCCUACCUCAGCUGGAUGUUGGAGCAUUGGAAGAGGUUUUGUCAGUCACCUCAUCUACUCCCUCCAGCAUCCACCUUAUAAAUGUAACUGACAGUGACGAGGAAGAUGAAGUGAAGUUGUUGCGAGAAUUGUAAUUUUUAAAGCAAAUUAUAAUCCAGAAAAUAUUAUAGAAUGGGAAAUAAACAUUUUCCUCAACACUGUCUUUACAGUCAGUGUGUUCAGUAGAAAACCCAUGUAGCUUGAGUGAGCUGUACAGGUCAUUUUGAAGAGUCUGAUGAUCUGUUUGUAUUUUGAGAGGUCACAUACAGUUCUGGGAGGCUCAAAAGCCUCUGAAGUUUCACCUGCUUCAUCAGGGCAUUGUUUGGGCUCCGCCUCAGAAAAGUACUUACACAGGAAUUCAGCUCUGUGCUUUCCUGAGGAGAGGUGUGUUUAAGCACAUCCUUCUAAUAUCAAAAUAGGUGUUUUGAUGGUAUUUGCCAUAGUUUUGUAGGUAUUACUUUAGGAGUUUUAGCAAGUGAAAUAAUUUUGGUUUAUGACCUUAAUAUAAUUCUUGCUGCAGUAAAAUACUAUAAGUCCUGGAGAGUGAAGUCAAGAAUGAUUCUGCAGUGCUUUAUACUUUUUUCAUUGAUGAAACAGUUUUAAGCUUAAUUUGGUUAAUUUUCAACUGUAAUCUGUAUUUGUGGUACAACUACUAUAUAACACACUGAAAAUUUACAUCAGUUUCAGUAAUACCUUGGUCUGCAACCAGCUCCAUUAAUACAAAUUGGAUUGGCCAGAAGGUAUGGUGAGGCACGGCGGCACCCAGAGAGAGGAAAAUGGGUGGGAUCUGGCCCUGUGACUUACACCGGUGGGCUGUGACUUGAUCCCUGAGUGCAGUUAGUACUGUAAAGAAUUCUCCAGAAAAUACCAAAUUCUCUGAAGAAUAUCAAAGGCUUUUAAUAGAGAGAGUAUCUGUGCUGAACUUGGAGAGUAACGAAUUUCAAAAGUUUUUGGCCAAAAUUUGUAAUUUAUGUUACUAACUUCCUUUUUUAUUUUCUCCCAUGUUGUGGAAUAGAGGGUCAUUUUCUUCUGGGAAUCCUGUUAUUUUGCUGUUGUUGGAUUUCAAUAAACUCACUUGAACAGUAUCUCGCUAGUGCUUCAUUU